AUGGGGAAUCUUGGAUUCACCACGCCAUUCAACGAGAAUAUUAUGAGAGCAUUUACCCCUCGAAAGGUUAAGGUCCCCCCAAUCGACCAUUAUGACGGGACAACUGAUCCCAUCGACCACCUAGCCGCCUUCAAAGCACAAAUGAGCGUCCAGACCAGCAGUGAGGCCGCAUGGUGCAAAUUCUUCCCCACCACCCUGAAAGGCCUAGCUCUAACCUGGUUCACCGAGUUGCCUUACGGGAGUAUAUCGAGCUUCACCGCCCUCGAAACAACAUUCAAACAGAACUUCAUCGUAGGAAGGAGGCAUCGGAAAACCAGUAUUCAUCUCAUGUCAAUCAGACAACGGAGGGAGGAAGACUUAGCAGAUUACAUCAAGAGGUUCAACGCAGAGUCUCUCAAGGUUUCUGACCUACAAGAUAGCGUGGCGUUUACCGCUCUCAUGUCUGGGCUAUACCCUUCGAGUAGGUUCAAACUGAAGCUGGCCGAGAGUGAAGCCUCUUCAUUCUCAGAAGCCAUGAACCUGGCCCAAAAAUUUAUACAAGCCUCCGAUAUCUGCAAAACCCAUGAGGAGCCCAGCUCCGGGAAAAGAAAACAUGAAUACACUCCACGAGCAGACAAUCCCAGGGAUGUCUCUCGAAAAGAGAAAGACAAGAAGCCUCGGUUGGAAAGUCAUUGGAACGACGUUCGAUACAACCUGAAUCAAAGAGAAAUCUAG